AUGUUUGGCAAUAGCUUACCAAAUAAAGGGGAGGAAAAUGACCAUUUGAGUGUAUACAGCUGGGAUUGGCUGCGCAACCAUAAGCCAACAACACCUUCCUUAAAGUUUCACUUUAGGUCAUCUACCCUGCGAAAUGCCUUGCAUCUGCUAGUACUAAACUUCUUUAGAUCAGAUGCCAAACUCGUGCCUAAUGACCCUGAGUCAUUUCCAACUGUUGACUAUAGCGAGGUCAUGGAUUCAGAUGAUGGAGUACGCCAGUGGACGCGCAAAAUUCACGUUUAUGGCUUUUGCUUUGUUAAAGGUUGCCCGGUCACUCCAGAGGCCACUAAGGAGCUACUGGAACGCAUAGCGUUCAUCAGACAGACACACUACGGUGGUUUCUGGGAUUUUACGUCGAAUUUAGAACUCAAAGAUAUGGCGUAUACCACAGAAGGCCUCGGUGUUCACACCGAUACUGCCUACUUCACUGAUCCUGCCGGUCUACAAAUGUUUCAUCUCCUUUCUCAUACGGGAGGUAAAGGAGGUGAAUCUUUACUUGUUGAUGGUUUCCAUGCUGCUCAGACUUUGUUUCUCGAGAACCCAAUUGCGUAUCAAUUUUUAAAUACCCAUGUCUUUGGCCACCAUUCUAGCGGGAACAAAGACGUUUGCAUCAAGUCCAGUAACGAGUUUCCUACCUUUUUACACCGCAACUCCGAUAGAGAGCUUUGUCAAGUCCGUUGGAAUAAUGAGGAUCGACGCGCUUCGUAUUGUGCAGAAACCCAUAUACUACGAAAAUGGUAUGCUGCUGCGAGGGAAUGGUCUGCGAUUCUGAAAAGAACAACUCUCGAGCGUCGAUUCCAGCUAGAGCCGGGAACACCUCUAAUAUUUGAUAAUUGGAGAAUGCUUCAUGGAAGAACGGCCUUCUCUGGAGAGAGAAGAUUGUGCGGAGGCUAUAUCAAUCACGAUGAUUUCAUGUCUCGCUAUGAGCUUCUCAAUAAAGGCCGAGAAGCCGCCGUGAUGGAAGUUUAG